GGGACUUGUAUUCAUUGUAUAUCCGGAAGCCAUCUCUACAAUGCCGGGCGGACCCGUUUGGUCCGUCAUAUUCUUCCUAAUGCUUCUCACUUUAGGACUCGACAGCUCCUUCGGUGGGAGUGAAGCCAUAAUAACAGCCCUAAGCGAUGAAUACCCGAUCAUUAAGAGGAACAGAGAGUGGUUCGUUGCCAUCCUUUUCUCGUUGUAUUUUCUGGUGGGACUCCUUAGUUGUACUCAAGGUGGCGCAUAUGUGGUCAACCUUUUGGAUCGUUUUGCAGCCGGAUAUUCCAUAUUAUUUGCGGUUCUCUUUGAAGCCAUUUCUGUUUCGUGGAUAUAUGGUGUCAGACGUUUUUCAAAAGACAUCAAAUCAAUGUUGGGCUUUGAGAUCUCAAUUUGGUGGAAGUUUUGUUGGGGGUUUGUCGCCCCUUUCUUUAUUAUGUUCAUUAUAUUUUAUGGUUUAGUUAACUUCGAGCCCUUAAAGUAUGAUCAGUAUGAAUACCCCCUAUGGGCUAAUGUGUUGGGAUGUUGUAUCGCCGCCUCAUCAGUCAUUUGCAUACCAGUGAUGGCUGUUUGGCAAAUAUUAAAAACC